ACAGUCGUUUUUAGAGAUUUCUAUUGGUUGGAGUAAUGUGGAUUAAUAGCGGCAUAAUUAUAUUAUGUCUGCUUCAAGCAACACUUACUACACAAAUAACAGCGGAAAAGAGACACAGGAGAUAUCUUUUAUUUACACCAGCCACGCAAUGGGGAGUAUUCGCAACAGUAUCAAUACCCCUUCACCCCGAGUCGUUAGUGAGUGUGGCAUGGUUCUUCGAAGCGAAUUACUAUAACGUGGAUAAUGCUACCUACUUCGAACCUUUACUUGGGGAUAUCGGUGCACCUAACAUCCGACGUCUAAGGAGUGUCAACGACAGUCGCCCAAUUUUAACUCGUCGACGUUUAUAUACCUUUAUUGAAGACAUGCUUGAAAGACACGGUUACCCGGGACUGUGCUUACUAAGGGCCAUUUGCGAGAACGCCUCGCAAUUCUUGCAUAACGGCGUCCUAGGCGAUUUACUCCAUCUCAUUCUCACGCCUACAUCAUCUAUGUCAGAAGACGAUAUAGAAGAUUCUUACUACGAAGCAGAAUAUUGGGGUCUGGAGAAGAAAUGUGAUAACUAUUCCUAUCUUUGUCCUUCUAAUCCUAUCGACAAAAUCUCGAUGAUUUUAUAAUAAAAUAUUUACCUCUCUAA